UAAAACGGAAUGCCAGAACGCGCGCUAUUCUCUUAUAACGUCAUAAUGGAAGUCAAACAUACGUUGACGUUCUAAAUCCAUUUGAAGCAUUGUCAUGACGACAUCUCAAAAUUCGAAUAAAUCACCGCUUUAAAACCACACCUCUAUCCACGGCUCUGGUGUUUUAAAGCGUUAUAAACGUUCCAAAUGCAUACAUUUGUUCUCGGAAUGGAACGUCAGUUAUCUGGAUUUUUACAUCUGCGUGGCAGUAAAAGUGCAGUGUGCUCGCCUCGCAGACUUUGCCCUAGAGCGAGCGGCAGUAUAAAGAGAGUUAACGUUAUUCGAACACGACCCGUUACGCAUCAGUUUAAAGUGGACUACAGACACACAUGACGCUCAUUAGUUCACGAGCUUUUCCCACUCUUUCACGCUGACGACUCCAUCCGCACAGGACUGAGCACGGAAGAAAACAUCUGUCUGAAGACUAAAGGUUGGAGAUGGAGGCCUUGAAUCACCGAGUUAACACUUAUAUUGACUCUUGGAUGGGACCCAGGGAUCCUCGGGUUAGAGGAUGGCUUCUACUGGACAACUACAUCCCCACUUUCGCCUUCACUGUCAUGUACCUACUGAUUGUGUGGAUGGGACCAAAAUACAUGAAGAAUAGACAGCCGUACUCCUGCAGAGCACUGCUAGUGCCGUAUAACCUCGGCCUGACGCUUCUGUCUCUCUACAUGUUCUAUGAGCUGGUAAUGUCAGUGUAUCAAGGCGGAUACAACUUCUACUGCCAGAACACCCACAGUGGAGGAGAGGCCGACAACAGGAUGAUGAACGUACUUUGGUGGUAUUACUUCUCCAAACUCAUUGAGUUUAUGGACACUUUCUUCUUCAUUCUGAGGAAGAACAACCACCAGAUCAGCUUCCUGCACGUCUACCAUCACGCCACCGUGCUCAACAUCUGGUGGUUCGUCAUGAACUGGGUGCCGUGUGGCCACUCCUACUUUGGCGCCACGUUUAACAGCUUCAUCCAUGUGCUGAUGUACUCGUACUACGGCCUCUCUGCUGUCCCAGCCAUCAGACCGUAUCUGUGGUGGAAAAAGUACAUCACUCAAGGGCAGCUGGUCCAGUUUGUCCUGACCAUGUUCCAGACAUCUUGUGCUGUGGUUUGGCCAUGUGCUUUCCCAAUGGGCUGGCUGUAUUUCCAGAUCACUUAUAUGAUCACUCUCAUCUUACUCUUCUCAAACUUCUACAUGAAGACCUAUAAGAGACACGCGGGAUCUCGUAAGACCGAUUACUCGAACGGAUCAAUAAACGGUCAAACUAAUGGGGUGACAUCCAAUGAGAAGGUGAAAUACAGGAAGCCGCGCGCAGAUUGACGACACUUCAUCCGCUUACAGUCCUGUUAUUAAUAUCAGCGCAGUAGAGGAGCUUAAUGUAUGUCUAUCCACUUAUCACGCUACAGAGACUCCUGACAUUUUUGCACACUGCAACCUCACAUUAUUCAUAUUGAAUCCAAAAACUAAGAAAAGAGAGCCUUGAGUAUUUGUUGUUUUUCAUAUGAAAUUUUUCUUGAAAUACAAAGAUGGCUAACAUUAAAACUGUACUAACUUGCACUGUUGCACACUAAGCUUGUUUGUAGACAUAAAGAAGAAUGUAUUAGAAGAAUUUGACGAGCAUACAGGAGAAUGUCACACUUAGGAGCUGAAUUAAACACAGUAGUAGCUUACACAGUGUUUAUUUAUAGCACAGGCAGAUAAUCUUACAGUCAAUAGAAGAUGAUAUCUAAAAGUCAUAACAAUACCUUGAGAAAUACGGAGAAAAUGGAAGCUAUGUAGUUUUAUGGACUAAUCGAGCGAGUUCAGUGAAUUAAUGAAUGUUUAUUAUGCUGGUUAUGUAUGUUUUGAUGCUGG